AUGCUUAGUAACCCCAAAAGAACCAGAUUUCGUAAACAACAUAGAGGAAGAAUGAAAGGAAUAUCUUGUCGAGGCAAUCAUAUUAGUUUCGGCAGAUACGCUCUUCAGGCACUUGAACCUGCUUGGAUUACAGCUAGACAAAUAGAAGCAGGGCGAAGAGCAAUGACACGAUAUGCGCGUCGUGGUGGAAAAAUAUGGGUACGUAUAUUUCCCGACAAACCUGUUACAGUAAGACCCGCGGAAACGCGUAUGGGUUCGGGGAAGGGAUCCCCUGAAUAUUGGGUAUCCGUUGUUAAACGGGGUCGAAUACUUUAUGAAAUGGGUGGAGUAUCAGAAACUGUAGCUAGAGCAGCUAUUGAGAUAGCUGCGCGCAAAAUGCCUAUACGAACUCAAUUUCUUAUUUCAGGAUAG